AUGCGAUUCUCAUCAGCCAUUCAGGUCGCUGCUCUCCUGGGCUUGACUUCAGGUCGAUCCAUCCCGGGGGGGCAUAUCGUCCACGAGAAGCGCUCGGUACCAAAUUCCAAGUUACACAAACGAGUUUCGCCUGAUGUUGUUCUUCCCGUCAGGGUAGGCCUAAAACAGAAUGCCAGGGCACUAGAAGAGGCAGAGAAUUGGCUGACGGAAGUUUCCCAUCCCGAUUCUUCUUUAUACGGCAAGCAUUGGACUUUGGACGAGGUUGUUGAAGCCUUCAAGCCUUCUGACGACGCUAUUGAGACGGUGGCUGCGUGGUUGAUCAAGUCUGGAAUCGCCAAGGAAAGAAUUACUCACAGCGAUAACAAAGUGUGGUUGGCCUUUGAUGCCACUACCAAAGAAGUUGAGAGUCUAUUACAUACCGAAUAUUUCCAUGAUGAUCAAGACCGCGCCCUAGUCGCUGCUCACGAAUAUCAUCUACCAGAGCAUGUGUCAGAACAUGUCGACUACAUCACUCCUGGACUAUCUAAAAAGCCGGCAUUAGAUGACGUGUCGACUUGCGAUCAAGUCAUCACACCUCACUGCUUGCAGGCUCUUUACAACUUCAAAGCACCUGAUCCUCAUGCCAGAGUCAGCAAGAACAACUCUCUUGGUAUCUUUGAGCAAGGAGACGUUUAUGCUCAGGAAGAUUUCAACGCAUUCUUUGCUGAAUACACACCCAGCAUUCCCAAUGGUACUCAUCCUAUUUUAAACUCAAUCGACGGCGGCGAGGCUCCGGUAUCUCAAGGAAAUGCAGGUGGUGAAAGCAAUCUCGACUUUGAACUUGCCUAUCCCAUCAUCUAUCCACAGACUACAACGCUCUACCAGACUGACGACGCAUUCUACGCCAACGGCGGUGGCCCAACAACCAAUGGCGUAUUUAAUACCUUUUUUGAUGCUAUUGAUGGCUCCUACUGUACCUACUCUGCGUUUGGAGAGACGGGUAAUGACCCCAAGUUUGACCCUGUAUAUCCCGAUCCAAACCCUGGAGGCUAUAAGGGCCCUCUCAUGUGCGGCGUCUAUAAGCCUACCAAUGUAAUCUCCAUUUCUUAUGGUCUUCAGGAGAGCGAUGUCCCAGCGUACUACCAGAAGCGCCAGUGCUCGGAGUUCUUGAAACUUGCCCUACAGGGCGUAUCCGUCUUUGUGGCCAGCGGCGAUACUGGUGUGGGAGGUUACCCUGGAAAUACUGAUGCAGACUUUUAUGGCUGCCUACGAAAUGACGAUGUCUUUUCACCUACACACCCCAACAGCUGCCCAUGGUUGACAAAUGUUGGUGCCACGAAGGUCUAUCCGGGAAAGACAGUCCAUGAUCCUGAGAGCGCCGUCUUUGAUCCUAGCCCCUCAUUCAACUACAGCAGUGGUGGUGGCUUUUCUAACGUAUUCCAAAUUCCUGAGUACCAACGCAGCGCCAUUAGCAAUUAUUUCAGGAAUCACAACCCAACAUAUCCAUACUACUAUAACGGCGAAUACAAUAAUAGUAAAGGCAUCUAUAAUCGGAAUGGUCGAGGUAUACCAGAUGUGGCAGCAAAUGGCGAUAACAUUGCAGUCCAGGUGCAAGGGAAGAAAGGUCUCUCUGGCGGCACAUCUGCUUCAGCGCCCAUUUUCGCAUCACUCAUCAACCGUAUUGUUGAAGAGCGCAUAAAAGUGGGAAAGGGGCGAUUGGGACUCAUCAACUCAGUGCUUUACGAAAAUCCAGGAGUUUUGAAUGACAUCACAAAUGGAACCAACCCUGGCUGCGGCACCCUUGGAUUCAACGCCACCAGGGGAUGGGAUCCUGUUACUGGACUGGGCACACCCAACUAUCCAAAGAUGCUCGAGUUGUUCUUGAGCUUGCCUUGA